GUGAGCCCCUCCUCGCAGAGGCGGCGCUUGGAUUGGGUGACAUCAGCCGCGGGCGAGCAGGGAUGCUGAGCGGGGCUCUGCCAUCGCAUCCCCCCCACCCUGCGACCCCAAAAAGGAGCCCAACGGGGGGGCGCUGAGGAUGCUGCGCUAAGGGAUGUCCAUGGUGCUCACCCUGCUGGUCUCCGUCCAUCGGCUGUGCCGUCUUUUCGCCAUGUCGGGUGUGGAGAGGCUGGCGGUACCCGAGUGCGUGAGCCAGGCGGGAUGCUGGGCUGCGGGCGGCUCCAGGGAACGCCGCGAGGUUUCCCCCGGGGUGAAUUCAGACAUAAGGGCGGCUCUAGAGCGGAUCCUGCCUGCCCUACAGCGCUCCAUCGCCUGUGCCAAACAGGCUGCAGGCCCUGCUGAGAUGGGGAAAGCCAUCGCUGAGAUCUUCCAGCUGGUGGAAGAAGCCUGGGGGAUGCCCACGGUGGGCAGGGAUGUGGCCAAAGCGCUGUGUGAUGCCAUCCGCCUGGAGGGAGGCCUGGACCUGCUGCUCAACCUGCUCUACACUGCUGAGCUGGAAACCAAGUGCCAGGCGGGGCAGCUGCUGGAGCAGAUCCUGGUGGCAGAGAACAGGGACCGGAUUGCCCGGAUCGGUCUGGGUGUGAUUCUGAACCUUGCCAAGGAACGAGACGUUCCCCAGCUGGCGCAGAGCGUAUCUGGCAUCCUGGAGCACAUGUUCAAGCACACAGAGGAGACCUGCUCCCAGCUCAUCUCUGACGGGGGCCUGGAUGCCAUCCUCUACUGGUGCCGCUGGACUGAUCCCGUGGUGCUGCGGCACUGUGCCAUGGCCUUGGCCAACUGUGCCAUGUACGGCGGGCAGGGCAACCAGCGCCUGAUGAUCAAGAAGAAGGCGGCCGAGUGGCUUUUCCCAUUGGUGUUCUCAAGGGAUGAUGAAUUCAUUCGCCUGCACGCCUGCCUGGCCAUCGCUGUGCUGGCCACCAACAAGGAAAUAGAGAAGGAAGUGGAGCUCUCGGGAACGUUGGCUCUGGUGGAGCCAUUCAUUGCCUCGCUGGAUCCGGAGCAGUUUGCUUGUGAUAUGCUGGGGAGCAGCGAUAACAGCCAGGGCAGGACAGCUGAGGACCUGCAGCGCUUGGUCCCUUUGCUGGACAGCUCGCGGCUGGAGGCGCAGUGCAUCGCUGCCUUCUACCUGUGCACUGAGGCUGCCAUCAAGGCCAGGCAGAAGAAAACAAAGGUUUUCAGUGAGAUUGGGGCCACGCAGAGCCUCAAGAGAGUGGUUUGUUACUCCACCAGCAGCACCACGUCCUCCCUGGCCAAAAAGGUUCUGCGUCUGAUAGGGGAGGAGGUGCCCCGGCGCAUCCUGCCCACUGUGCCCAACUGGAAGCCCUGUGAGGUGCAGACGUGGCUGCAGCAGAUCGGAUUCACCAAGUUCUGCCCGAGCUUUAUGGAGCACCAGGUGGAUGGGGACAUUCUCCUGAGGCUGACAGAGGAGGAGCUGCAGGAGGACCUGGGGAUGGGCUCCAGCAUCACACGGAAGAGGUUUUUCCGGGAGCUGACGGAGCUGAAAACCUUUGCCAACUACUCCACCUGCGACCGCAGCAACUUGGCUGACUGGCUGGGCAGCAUCGACCCCAUGUUCCGUCAAUACACCUACAACCUGCUCACCUGUGGCAUCAACCGCAGCUUCCUGCACCGUGUGACAGAGCAGCAGCUGCAGGAUGACUGCCACAUCAGCACCGGCUUCCACCGCACCCGCAUUCUCUCUGCUGCAAGAGAAAUGCUUCAUUCUCCCAUAACGUUGCAAACGUCAUCUGAUGGGACCGAUGUAUUUAUCAGCUACCGGAGGAGCACAGGGUCGCAGUUGGCCAGCCUGCUGAAGGUCCACCUGCAGCUGCACGGCUUCAGUGUGUUCAUCGACGUGGAGAAGCUGGAGGCAGGGAAGUUUGAGGACAAGUUGACCCAGAGCGUCCUGAGCGCCCGCAACUUUGUGCUGGUCCUCUCACCCCACGCACUGGAUAAGUGCAUGGCAGACCCUGAGUGCAAGGACUGGGUGCACAAGGAGAUCGUGACAGCCCUGAACUCUGGAAAGAACAUUGUCCCCGUCACAGACCAUUUUGAGUGGCCUGAUCCAGAAACACUUCCCAAGGACAUGAGGGCUGUCCUGAAAUUUAAUGGCAUCAAGUGGUCCCACGAGUACCAGGAGGCCACUAUCGACAAAAUCAUCCGCUUCCUCCAGGUUCGCUCCUCCCGGGACUCCUCAGCAGGGUCAGACAAUGGACUGGACUGUUCUGCUCCCAUCGGGACAACCUAGAGCCAGGACAGAGGCCACAUCCCCUCCAGAGACAUGCAGGUGACCCCAUUUGAUGUGGGGCCCAAUUUCUCCCAUUGGUUUUCCCCAUCCCAGUAGUGCCCUUUCUUCUCCCUUCCGCGGGACCUGAUCGACCUCCUGGCACGAGAUGAGGCUGGGGGCAGUGCUGGGGAGGACAGGCUGCCCUCCAAACCCUCAUCCAGAGUGGUGGCAUCUCCUGAGGAUGCAAAGCAGGGGGAUCGGUGGGGUACAAUGCAAGAGGACACAGGAGGAAGGGAGCAGUGCAAAGAAAACAGCCCAUGGUUGUGCUCAGAAGGUGAAGGCAGGAAAGGGCAAAUAAAGCUAAGCCCUCACCAAGUCCCCGUGUUUGGGGAAGAUAACACAAGCAAGGCUUCUAAACCACUCGGCAGGCAGAAGAUUUCCCUUCCCUGGGGAUAUCCCUUUAUUACAUGAGUUCGUCCCCUCUUUGAGGCCUUUCCCUCCUGAUGCUGCAAAACCACUUUGUGCUCUUAGCUCUGCUGGAUGAAGUUUGGCUUUCGAUCACGGGACGUUUCCAAAGGGCUUUUGCAAACAAGUGCUUUUAAAACAACACCCUCCCCUCCAUCUGAAAUCUCAGCGUUGCCGCUCUAUCAGGUGUAUUUAUACAUAUUAUACACUCCUCCUCCCUGCCCUCCCUGAAGCCUCACUACCUGCCCUAACUGGCAGGAACACACAUUGCCUUCUGGCUUAGAUCCACAAAUGUAUCAUAAAAAUAAAAAUAACUUAAAAUUCUGGUGCUUAAUCAGAGCUUUAUAGAUUGCUCUUAUCAGCUCACGGUUAAUGGCAUCUUUGCUCCCCAGUGAAAGGUUAAUAGCUCUAUAUGCCCAGCACUCAUCAGACACAGCAUCAUCUAAUCUUCAGAUUAAGCACCGAGGCAACCAAUGCAUGAGCCCAAAGGUGAAUCUGCCAAAGCAUACGAGCAACGUGUGAACUGCUUCAGGGAAAAGUCUUGACUAACUUACUGAAGGUCAAGGCCUCCAGAGCCACUAAAGGAGUUCCAUUCAAACACUGCAGAGGAUUCUCCUUCCUACAAUAACACCAUUUAUAACAUGAUAUAUAACAAUAACGUGUUUUUGUAUGGUUUCCUAGCAGCUCUCUAGCAUUCAUCCUCCCCAUGCACCACUCUGAGUAGUGAAGUUCUACUUGCCCCCUGGACUUGGGCGUCUCAGCUGCAUGAGAUCCCACCUGAUCUCUUCCCAUUUCCCUGUUAUAUGACUACCUUCACCCCCAUGAACUCACUUGGACAGAACAUCCCGUACUCAAUCACUCCCAACCUCAGCAGGUACUCCAAGGAGAUAAACACAUUCUGUUUGCUAUCCCUCUACCGUGCCAUGCCAAAAAGUUGUUCCGACCAGACAUUAAUAAUAAAUAUGGUUUACACUCUAAAUCUCAA